AUGGAUCAGAACCAGAUCAGUUUUCGGUGUAAACCCACUUUCCGAGAGGGAGGAUCAAGAUGUCUGAGAGAUAGUUUCCAGCAGAAGUUCUCCUUCCACAGCAAAGAGAUCGUCGCGAUCAGCUGCUCAUGGUGCAAACAGGCAUUUCACAACAAGGUCACCUGCUUCAUGCUGCACCAGAUCGAGGAGCCCUGCUCCCUGGGGGCCCACGCUGGGGUCAUCGUCCCGCCCUCCUGGAUCAUCAAAGUCAAGAAGCCCCAGGUACGGGACGUCCCGGUCGGGAGGGGAGAUUUUUCGGAUUUCGGGGUGCAGAGCUGGGGCUUUGUUAUGUUCGUGCCAGGUACCAAGGUGCUCCAGAGCUUUAUGUGGAUUCUGAAUCCCCGACAGGUGUUCGACCUUUCUCAGGGUGGACCAAAGGAAGGGUUGGAGCUGUACCGGAAAGUGCCAAACCUGCGAAUUCUGGCAUGUGGAGGUGAUGGAACGGUGGGAUGGAUCCUGUCUGCGUUGGACGAGCUGCAGAUGAACCCCCAGCCGCCAGUGGCGGUACUUCCUCUGGGCACAGGAAAUGACCUGGCGAGAACUCUGAACUGGGGUGGGGGCUACACCGACGAGCCCGUGUCCAAGGUCCUGUGCCACGUGGAGGACGGCAACGUCGUGCAGCUGGACCGCUGGAACCUGGAGGUGCAGAGGGGCUCGGCCCGCAGGCUGGGGGACCAGGAGGAAGGGGUCCACAAGGUNCCCCUGAGCGUUUUCAACAAUUACUUCAGCCUGGGGUUCGAUGCCCACGUCACGCUGGAGUUCCACGAAUCCAGAGAAGCCAACCCCGAGAAGUUCAACAGUCGCUUUCGGAACAAGAUGUUCUACGCAGGGGCCGCCUUUUCAGACUUCCUCCAGAGAAGCUCCCGGGACUUGUCGAAACACGUCAAAGUUGUUUGUGAUGGCACAGACCUGACUCCCAAGAUCCAGGAGCUGAAGUUCCAGUGCAUCGUUUUCUUAAACAUUCCCAGAUACUGCGCAGGCACCAUGCCCUGGGGCAACACCGGCGAUCACCGGGACUUCGAGCCCCAGCGCCACGAUGAUGGGUGUAUAGAGGUGAUCGGCUUCACCAUGGCCUCGCUGGUGAGUAUCGCCCACGAGGCAAGGAACAGGGAUAUCCAGGGAUCCGCUGAAAUGUUCCUGCCUGGUAAAGAAAUGGAGGAUCCCGUCGUAGUUUUUUUGGGGGGAAGUUGUGCACCUCGCUGGUCGCGUCCCUCUCUUGCGCCAAUCGGAAGCUGUAGCUGUCCUGAGUCAGCCCACGUUUUGCUUUGCCUUCCCCCCCCAGCCAUUCCCGUGGGGAUCAUCGUGGUCCGGGGAGACUGCGACCUGGAGACCUGUCGUCUGUAUAUCGACCGGCUGCAGGAGGAUCUGUACUUAGCCCCUUCAAGCACGCACAGAGUACACUAUCAGGAUGAGAGCAGAGGACUUCCCUGGAGCCAAUCGGCACACAGCUUGUCUGCCAACUGGAGCUUCCUGGACUGGACGCCGGUGUCGUUUUGCCCCCCCCUGCAGGAGCAUCUGCACUUUGUGACGGAGAUUUCCCAGGACGAGAUCUUCAUCCUGGACCCAGAAGUCCUGGGACAGCCCUCCGGGGGUCCUGGCAUGCCAGACGUAGUGGUGGAGCCCAGCUCUGGGUAG